AAACAGAGAUAGAAAUCUACUCGGCGCUCUCUUUUACGCGGCAAAUCGCCUCUGUAGCGUUCGUGGUUUGCAAGCAGUCUCCGAUUAGGUUUCCGGCCUCGAAUCUGUGCCUUCAAUGACGACGGUAGCAUCUGCAGGACUCAGUGACAUCAGUAAUAGCAAGAAUCCGGUUGGAGAAAACCCUAAUCAAGCCCUAGACCCUGCGAUUUCUUCCUCCGCCCAGCCUCCUGUCUCUAUUCCUCCGUCGUCAACUGAUGGCGGAGUUUCGAAGGAAAGGGAUGAACCCAAGGGCUCCGAUAAGGUUUUGGUUGAAGGGGAUGGUGCAUCGGUUUCUGAUAUCCAGAGGAAGAUGCGCCGCGCCGAGCGUUUUGGGAUUUCAGUGCAAUUGUCUGAAGAAGAAAAGCGUAACACUCGAGCGGAACGGUUUGGUAUGGGUACCACAAAAAAUGGGUUGGGAGCAUCAAAUAAAUCAGAGGAGGUGAAGAGAAAAGCUAGAGCUCAGAGGUUUGGGCUUUCUGCAUCAGUGACUACUGAGGAUGAGGCAAAGAAGAAAGCACGCCUUGCGAGGUUUUCAUCGUCAAAGCCAGACACCCAGGAGGAGGAAAAGAGGAAAGCAAGGGCACUUAGGUUUUCUAAUCCAACAUCGAACUCUCUCACACAAGUGGAUGGGAAAGGGAACGUUGAGACGGUCUAGUAUCCUGGUUAGGGUUCCUUCCCUGUAAUGGCUUCCAUACCCAUGUGCAUUCCUUUAUAUGAUUAUGUAGUGCGAAAGUCUUCCAUUCUACGGGCAGAUUCAAUACUGCAAGGUGCUGUACUAGGUAUUGCUGGGAGAAGAGGUUCCCUUGGUUCAGUUGUGUCAGGAUGUUAAUUAUCUGGUUAGGUGUUAUAGUAAUAGCAAAUACCUCCACAGUUCAAGCCUAUCUUACAGUUUACUAAGAAUAUCAGAAAUUUCUGAAGUUUUUAACCCCCAACGUUUUGAUUAUCAUCUUCAGUUUAUCUUCUCUGUGACAUGACAAGUUGGAUGUUCAUGAUAUCAUUUGAACGGCAGUGCUAAGUUUCUGUGUGAAUUGGUAACAUCAUAGACUGACUGGUUAAAAUUUACUAAUUCUGUCAAAUUGGCCUUAGUAUUAGAGAAGUUAACGCAUCUUGAAUUUCUUUGAGUCAAUAUCAUCAGGUUUUUAGUUUUCUAACUAGAAUUUAGUUUUUAUUUUUUAGCUUCUUGUUCCUUUUUAUGGUAGGAUUUUCUUUUUACUGAUUGUAAUAAUGUAGGAUUAAUGGAUUACUCUCAAUCUAUGGAAAAGCUUGCAUGUAUACCGUCUACCUUUUCGUUUCCAUAGAGAGAUCAAGAGUCUGAGCACAGCUAGCUAUUAUCCAAUCAUUUACAAUUGAGGUUUAACCACUUUGUAAGAUAGCAGCACAUCUCAUCUCAUGGCAUCACUUAUAACUUGCACAUCAUGGAAAUGACUACUCAUUUUUUUAACACCUACUUUUUCUAUGACCUGCCGGAAUGCUUUGAUUAGGAUGAUCAUGUGUUGAAUGUUAUUUAGAACUGCCGUUCAAAACGUGAUCAUGAGCUAAUAAUAGCUCCAACUUUUGUGAGGAUAAACUGAAGAUGAGAUAAAUCUUUGGAGGGGAAGAAAGUAUCAAAUCUGUUGGUAAGUGGAUUGAAUUCUGUCUUCUGACUUGGGGAGUUUCUGAUAUUCUUGUUUGGUAAAAUAGGAUAGGUGAAGUCUUGGAGGUAUUUGUUGGCUCUCUUAGUGUCUGCAUUUAUUGAGGUCUGUAGCUGAGAAUGGAUUGUACUCCACAAAUAGGUUCCCCGUUAAAAGUGUUUGUUGUUUCUUUCUUCUUUUACUUUCUCUUAGCAAGUAAGUGUAUUUAGUUUGUUUUAUAUUUUUGGUUGGAUGUAAUGGGUAUGGUAUGGAAGGACCGGAAACGAUAUUUCGAUCUA